AUGGUGCUGGACAUCAACCUGUUCAGGAAGGAAAAGGGGGGCAACCCCGAUAAAAUAAAAGAGUCAGAAAGGAAGAGGUUCCAUGACGAGAACAACGUCGAUAAGGUAAUCGAGUAUGAUGAAAAGUGGAGGAAAUGUAUUUUCAAAUUAGAAGAGUUGAAGAAAAAUAUUAACUUAGUGAAUAAAGAAAUAGGGACAAAAAAAAAGGUAGACAAAAAUGCAAAUGUGGAAGAUUUAAAAAAAAAAAGUUUAAUGAUGAAGGAAGAAAUCCCUCAACUACAGAAUGAAGAAAGGGAUUUACUGAAGCAAAGAAAUAAGUACCUGAGUAAGGUCGGUAAUUUGCUUAACAAGGAUGUGGUCACUUCGAAUGACGAGGAGAAUAACAAGGUGGUGACCACCUGGGGUGUGUGCAAAAGGUUAGAAGUUAUCACUACUGAUGAAGCGUCAGAAGGGAACAAAGGCGGCAAGGGCGUCCCCAAGGGCUGCCCCAAAGAUGAUGGUGGGAACAACAAGAGGGAGGAGGUCACCAGUUGUGGUUCUAUCGCUGGUGGUGCCGUCCACCCAAAUGGUAGCAUCGGCGGGAAGAAGUACUACUACCAUUUUGACUUGCUCAGGAAAAUCGGAGGAGCGAACUUCAAGAAAGGCAUUCAGGUGGCAGGCCACAGGGGUUAUUACCUCACAGGAGCAGGCUUCCUCCUACACAAUGCAAUUUUGCAAUACGCAAUAAACUUCCUAGUGAACAAAAAUUACACCCCUGUAUACCCCCCUUUUUUUAUGAAGAAAAAUAUAAUGGAGGAAUGUGCAGAGUUGGAUGAUUUUGAAGAGACCCUUUACAAAAUUGCUUCUUCCUCUGGAGGUACCUCCCCAGCAACAACAACAGGGACUGCAAGUGGGGCACCUAUGUCUUCGAACCCUACCCAGAGCGACGAUAUAAACAGAGAUGACUUGUUCCUCAUUGCCACGUCUGAACAGCCCCUGUGUGCACUACAUAAAGAUGAAACGAUUGAGUCCAAGUACCUACCCUUGAAGUAUGCUGGAGUUUCUUCCUGCUUUAGGAAGGAAGCAGGAGCACACGGAAAAGACAUUAGAGGUAUUUUACGAGUACACCAAUUUGAUAAAAUUGAACAGUUCUGCAUUUCCCUCCCUCAAACAAGCAACAAGGUUCAUAAAGAAAUGAUGAAAACCUGUGAAGAGUUUUACCAGUCUCUUAACAUUCCAUACAGAAUCGUUAGCAUCGUGUCUGGGGCACUGAACAACGCUGCUUCUAUUAAAUAUGAUCUUGAGGGUUACUUUCCUUCGAGCAAUCAGUAUAGAGAACUCGUGUCCUGUAGCAACUGCACAGACUACCAGAGCAAUAACUUGAAUGUUAAGUAUGUCGACUCAAGUGUUAAAAUCAGUGAUGUGAAAGAGGAGGCUAAGAAAAAAGGGUGCAAUGAAAAUAAUCACAACGAUGAGUAUGAUGAGGUUGGAAGUGACCAUGAGGAAUUUUUAAAAAAUUUCCAAACGGAGAGUAGGAACAAUGUGCAUCUCCUGAACGGUACCAUGGUGGCGGCGCAGAGGUUCCUGUGUUGCCUCCUCGAGAAUUAUCAAAACGGCGAGGGCAUCGUCGUGCCGGAAAAGCUACGCCCCUAUAUGAACAACCUCGAAUUUAUUCCCUUCAUCGAGUGA